AUGUCCGAACAGCAAGGAAAAGCAGCUGAUUCUUUUAAAAGUUUAAUGACUGUUUCUGAUAAAGCCCAAAUUGCUUCUUACCAAGUCUCAGAACUGAUCGCACAAAAUAUGAAAGCUCAUACUUUGGGUGAGUCACUUAUUUUGCCUGCUUGCCAAAAGAUUCUCAGUACGAUGUUAGAAAAUGAAGCAGCUAUGAAAAUAAGCAAGAUACCUCUGUCCAAUGAUACUGUUAACAGGCGUAUUUUGGAAAUGCCUUCUGAUAUUGAGAAAAAUGUAUGUGGUAAUAAACUCCAGUGUUCUGAUUUUGCACUGCAAGUUGACGAGUCAACCGACAUUACCAACAAGGCGCAACUCAUAGCAUUCAUUCGUUUCAUUAACGAAAAUCAAAUAACAAAUCAGUUUCUUUUUUGCAAAGAAUAA